AUGGGAUACAGGGCCUUCUACGCAAGCAAGGGCCCCACCUGGCAGCGAAACGGACGACGGCGCGGUCAGUCUGCUCGGCACUUUGGUGGCGUCCUCUUAGCAGUUCGGGAUGAUGUACGUGCAACUGUCGGCGCGAAGCACGUCGGCGACGAUGGCGAGUAUGUGGCGAUGGACCUCGCUACCAUGCUCACGAAGCCACAGCCGCAUCGCGCGAUGCUCCGCGCCAAAGCGGGAAAGGGCCAUGGCCAGGAUCCCGCUGCAUGGGACUCAGGAGGAGGGACAAAAGCUCCGGGCAUUGCCGCCGCUGCUGCUAAGCGGAAAAUCAUUGCCGAAGAAAGCAUUGACACUGAUUACAUCCGGGUGAGCAAUCAGAAAGAAGCGCAUCUUUGGGGGCCUGAUGAGGAGGAAGUGCGCAAUCAUGAGAUCAGCAUUCUCGGGAAGGCGAAGCUACUGGAGAAGGGGGAGGAGAUACAGACGCAAGGUUGGGAGAGGCGGGGGGGCUUUGUGGUCUUCUACCUCAAGAUUCCUAAGGGUGAUGGGGACAAGUACCUCAACAAAUCCGGCUUGGAGAAACCCAUUUUCAUUUCCAAGCUGGUGAAGGAUGUGGUCAAGCAGUGCCCGGUGAAGUGGAUCACCGCCGAGGAGGGCGAAUCUGCCUACGAGUACUUCGAGAGGGCAAGGAAAGAGGCCAAAAACAAGAACACUACUCUAUCUUUCCGCAGAGGUGGCGGCAAUUACUUGGGAGUCCGUGUCGAUGUUGAGGAAGCGGGAGUGUGUCACUCCUGGGUCCUAUGGGAGGUUACGCUCCUCUCCAGAAGGGUUGUUCGCAAGACGAAGGCCGUCUGGACGCUUAGAGCUAAGAGUUGCCCCAAAGAUGAUUACUUCGAGAGCAAGUUUGAUGAUUGCACCCUGGUUGCUGUCGUCAAUGCAACACGUGCAAGUGGAGGCAAGACCACGCAUCGCUACGACAACAGUGCUAUGACUCGAUUGAAUCCCAAUAAAGCCGCUGCCGCUACCGCCUCAACUCCUGAGGUUGCUGCCACGCAAGUUGACGCUUUGUCCAUGGAUGUUGAGGCCAAGGCCGAUGAAAAGGGAGGAGAAGAGCAAAAGAAGAACCUCAAGCAUGGUGCUUCGCCUGCUAAAGAUGCCAAGCCCAAGCGCGCCAAAAAGGAUUCGUCGUGUGACAACCUGCCCGAACAUAUGACUGUGGUCGCCCUGAUGACAAAAAGGAGCUGCCUUUUUGAAGCCGCGGCCAUCGGUCUCAACAGAGCUUUGUCUCGGCGCAGCAGUCCGCUCACUCAUCGUACAUUUCGGGCUACUGUGGCGGACCAGCUGAAAAAGUACGAACGCAAGUUUCGCUGCCUUGUGAAUACCUCCUGGGGCGACUUAGCUCCUCGGUGGCAGCGGAGCCUCUCGACUUGGGCGUCGAGCGGCGACAAAAUUCAAACGAGCCGAGUAAAGCGGGUUGCGGUAGCCUGCUUGCUCAAUGCAGUGAUCAGCUUCUUCCUGAUCAGACAACCUGAUGGACCGAUGAGUCCCAAGAAUUGCGGCGGCGCCCGGCCGGGGCUGAGAGCUGCAAUGCGCAGGCAUAUUGCUGGCCUCGACGUCGGGAACACUUCCCAGCAAGCUAGGGCCCAGGCAGCGCGGCCAACCGAGCCCAGCUUCUGCAGACCGGUCUCGCGCGAAGACCAUGCAGGCUCGGACUGGACCAUGGUCGAGGGCAGGCGGAAGCAAGGCGCGGCAGUGCAGCAGUGGAACGUCGAUCCGUUGGUGGGUGGGCUGCUGGGUCUCGGGGUGGUUAAGCGCCGCCUCGCAGAUGGCAUGCCUCUCGGGGGUCACCUUGUGGUGUCCAACGACCAAGCAGAGCUCGACACUAUAGGUUCUCUGGCUCGAUCUCAUGAGUUGAAGGAGGCCCUGAGUGUGAUUUGUCGUUUUGUGCCGACGGGAGAAGCCAAGACCAUGCAGCUCCCGUCCGUUGGUCCCAAAGGCCAAAAACAGGUGCGGUCGUGGCCAGCAGUGACGGUCAGUGCAGGCAACAGCCCGGCUCCUCAGCGGAAAGCCGUGCUGAAAGCUACCUUUGCAGCCCCGGACCGCAAGCUUGUGACUUUGAGGUUGCAGGUGCCCAAGGCCUUUUGCGAGCCGUCUCAAUGGGACCCGCUUUGCAAACAGCCCAACGACCUGGUGAGACGAUCCCUUGGCCCGGUGCACUCCCUGGGUGUGUGGCAGAAGAUCCAGUCCGGAGACAAAGACCACAGAGAGCUUGUACUCGAGUGUUACGCCAAAGUGGCCGAGGGUGACAAGGCCGCGGUGCUUGCAAGGUCGGGCUCUGGGGGUGUUCUUGUGGAGGAACUCACCCGAGACCAGCCCAAGCCCAAUGUGGAUUGGAUUCGCCCGGGCGAUGUGGAAGGCCCGGCUUAUCUCCAGCUUGUGCAGCGCCAGGCCAAGGUUGGCGGUGGCUCUUUGGCUUUUAGGCGGGGAGGUGGCGCGGCCCUCGGCAUCCGCAUCGACCCCAGCAAGGCCGGCGACCGGGUGCAAACAUGGAGAGCUCGUAAAGUUCCCCGGGAUUGGACGGAGGAGGAUCUUCGGGGCGCAUUCGAGGCUGCGACUUUCAGUGACUUUGAGGUCGUGGCUCCGGGCCGUGGCUCACUGCCGUGGCUCGUGCGUGGCAAGCUGAAGGGGGACGAAGGACUCCCGGCUUUAGUCAUUCAGACCGACCACCAUUGCAUCGAUGUUGAGCGGGCCGUAGCCAAGCGACGCCUCGAGAAUGUCAAGACGGAGCGGCUGCCGAUCGAGACCAAGCGGGCGGCUUCCGAGAAGACAGCCCCCGGACCAAGCAAGCCACCAGCGGCUCCCGACGCGGUGGGUGGCAGCGGCGGCAAUGGCAAAGCAGUGGGCAAGGUGGCACAGGCAGCGACUGGGGCUGUGGAGCCGGCUGUCGACCGGCUGCGAUCUCGUUCCCCGACACGUGCGCAGCCGGACUGGUUCGAUAUCCAUGAUUGCGGCGGGGCGGGAAGCUGCCUGUUCAAUGUUGUCGGCGCUCAUUAUGCUGUGUACAGAGACGGUCAGACCUGGAAGGAUGCAAUCAGGCUGGCAAAGGCCCGGGGAGCCACCCUCCGGUCAGAGCCCGCGGACGAGACGGAGAAAGUGAACUUGGAACAGAUGGAGGGCGGCGCUCCGCCCACCACGUGGGAGGCCUAUCUCCAAGCUUUGGAUCGACCAGGGCGGAUCGCCAUUAUCAAUUGGUGGCGCCCAAGGCCGGCAAGGAGCUUCCUCCUGAAUGGUUGGAACAGGAACCAGGCGGUGACACGCGACAGGUCCCACGGGGAGGUGGGUGGUUGCCGAGCCGCGUGGUGGUGGCUCCUGGCUGCCGCCGCGACCCCCUUCUUCCUCGGCGGCCUCUUCGAUCCAGGACACAGGGGAUUGGAUGCCACCGCGUGCGACAUCAGCCUCUUCUCGCUCAGCUUCGGUGCCAUCGGCAUCGGCGAGUUCCAAGUCCAUGGCCACACAUCGGGCGAGGGCCAGUCAGGUCAAGGGCAGCAAGCGCAAGGCUUCCAGCCUUUCGUGUAUCGCACGGAGGGGAGGAAUCUCACCCGCCGCAAGUCGGACCACAUUGCCAAGUUCCAUGCCCACCUACCUAGAUCUACUUUUGAGCGAAGGGGUGGGCAGGUGUUGGUGAAAACCCAGCCGGCGCAGGUGCUGCCCCAGCCGCACUGGAGGUGCGCGUGGUGCCACGAGGGACUUCCGAAGCUGGAGCCGGCGGUGUAUGCUAGCUCGGUCAAACGGCACCUACGCCGCUGCACUCAUGCUCCCAAGAACUCGUCUCCGGGAGCAAACGCCAUUGAGCUGGCCAAGGCACUUCGAGUCCCUCAGCUGCCCAGAUUCCUCAAGGCCAGGGCCACGGAUCCGGUCAGGGCACUUAGCGCUCUGGCCAAGAUCAUCAAGGUCUGGGAAUGCGUGCUGCGCCAGAGGACCCGUUUGCAGCGAUUGGGCCACGAUGUUCGGGUCCUUCUGCGUGGCGUGGGGAGCGAGCCUGAGCCACGCUUGUUUUUCGCAUGCUCCAGGUGCUUUGCCGUCAAGCAGCGAGUGCAUCGAUUACAAAAAUGGACACAGCGCUGUGCAUCAGAUGAUGGGUUGCAGGCUUUGCGCCAGAAGAAGAAUCUGAGGACCUUAGGCCCGAAAAGGGCCCAGCUGUUUGCACGAUUCGAUCAGAGGAGCCGUCGCAGGUUGUGCGAUGCCUGGAACAUGACAGCCGCUGAGCGCCGCCAACACCGAGCUCGCGUGUGUCUUCACACAAAGCAGUGGCCGGCCAACCAGUGGGUGCGAGAUGUAACGGCUGAUGGAGACGUGGAGCCAAGCCCGGGACCAUCGGUUUCCUCACCAGAGACUGCAGGUGACAGCCAGCAAGGGCCGGACGCUUUCCACCUCACCUACGUGAACAGCGGGGCCUUCGGAGCAGGCCGCGGCCACCUCUCGGCUACAACCUACUGGAAGGGCGGCCUCUGUGUGGCCGCUGCCCGCCAUGCGGGCGACCUCCUGGUGCUGGACUCCGAGGGCUUCCGUGUCAUGGCGGUCACCCACUUGUUCGGGGAGGCGGCGGACAGUCACAUCCCUUGCCUCGCGGUCGGGGAUUGGAACGAUACUCCGUGUGAAUCCUGGCUGCCGGCCCUUGGCCUGCAUAUGGCGGCGCCGAUGGAGCACCGUGCUUUCAUCCCUUCUCGCUGGGGCGGCGACCGUGCCCUGGACUUUGCCGCUUUCAAUGAUGACACAUGGAGGGUGCAGGCGCAGUUUGACACCCCCAAGUUUGGCGACCACAAGGUUUUGCAACUCCAGUGGCGAGCACAGUUCGAUAGAAGGCCCGCCUCGAAUUCUGGCCAACGGCGCCCUGAGGCCUGGGUGAAUGCCGACGACUGGAAAGAGCAGCUCCAGGGCUUCUUCUCCGACGUGGUGGUGGAGUGGCAUGACGACGUGGAUGUGCAGUGGCUGCAACUCGUCGAGCUGGUGGAGCAGGCUUGUGCUCGGGCCUUGGUGGCUCUUUCAGGAUCCAGUCGGGACACCAAGCGGCGGUACCGAUGCAAGGGCUCGCUACCCGCCGUCCAGCCGGUGUCAAGCCAUGGACGGGAGGCGGGCAGGCGCUGCGCUGAGAGCGGGCUGGUGCAACGAUUGUGCAAGUUCCAGGGCCGGCUGCUUGAGGCCAUCCGACACGAGGAGGUCGAUGCGGCCCUCAGUGCCCGCAUUUGGCGAGACUGGCCUCGGGAAGUUCCUGGGGCCUUCGAGCAGGCUGGCAAGGAGGCGACCAGGUGGCUCAACAAUCGUGUUUGCGCCUUACCGGCGGCCGUCGUCGACACCUUCGAGGGCCAGACUGUGACGAGCAGGACCACGCAAGAGGCGCUGCAGAUCCUGACAGACUUCUGGAGGCGCACAUGGAACAGGCCACAACCGCUGACGGUGCUCACUGACCUUGAGGACAGCUGGCGUCGCGCCGACCCGGUACCUAGGUGGGAUGCCUACCUGGACGGCAUCACGGCGGCGGAGCUACACAAGAAAGCAAAGGAGCUUCGCCGCAGCAGUGCCGGACCGGACGGUCUGGCGGGUUGCGAGGUAGCGGACUUGCCCCUGCGUUUUUGGGAGCUCUUGUGGGAGAGGCUGGAGGUCUGGAACCAACGUGACGAGUACCCACAAGUUUGGAGACAUGCGAGGACUGUUUUCUUGCCUAAGGAUGAGGCGGCCAAGCGAGGAGGUCCAGCCGAAGCGGCCAGGAUGCGGCCCAUCAGCAUCUUUGGCUGCAUUUACCGUGUGGUGGUGAGUGCUUGGAUCUCCCACGACCGCACGAGAGCCUGGCUUCAGACGGUGGCCCCGGACUGCUUCCACGGUGGGCUUCAAGGCCGCGCCGCCCAGCAUGCUCUGAGGAGACUCGAUGCGGCCUUCAACUCCGAGCGUGUCCUGGUCUCCCUGGACUUCAAGCUGUGUUUCGACCGCGUUGACCCAGACUUGGCCCUCCGCAACCUUGCUGUACGGUGCCCUUGCCCGACUUGUGAGUUUGCUGCGCUGGACCUGGAAGGGUGCCGGCUCUUGAGAUCCAACGGGAGCUGGGCGACCGUGCUGCGCAGUCGAUCUUCAUUGACGACAGAUCUUUGGUGCUGGACCACGGCGGGUGAGGAGAACACCGGCAAGGUUCGGUAUGUCACGCGAAGCCCGCACCAACAGCAGGCGCUCGUGCACUUGGGCAUCGACCCGAGCGAGGAGGCCGUGAUCUUGGGGACAGUUUUGUUGCCCCAACUUGCUUGGGGGAACUGGUGGACGCCCAGCCCAGACCGUGACAUGGCUAAGGUCACCACUCAGGCUGGAUUGCGGCGUGGGCUUCACGUCCUUCGGGAACGCUGGCGUCGCCGUCAGUUUGACUUGUUCCUCAAGCUGGACAGGCACGAGGCACGUGAGAUCGCGGCUUUUGACCGUGUGGGCUACGACGCUGCUAGGGUCAAGAGUGCUUCGGUUCUCUACAAGGACGUCAACACAGAGGCCAGGGGAGUGAUGCUCUCGGGCGGCAAGAGUGGGGAACACUAUGCUUGCAUGAGACAGGGCAAACCACCGGUGGGCACUCACUGGUGUGCGACAUGCAGUCUGUGCAAUGCUUCGGUGCUGCCUUCCUGGCACCACGCGGCUUGGCACUGCACUGCCUUUGCCGCCACCAGGCCGGCAGUUGCGGGCGACGCAGCCGCCUGGGCUGGCCUAUGCCACAG